CGAGGCUCCGCCCAUCACGCGCUUUAAGGCGGCCAGGUCCUGAGGGCCCGCUGUCCGGAGGGACGCGCGGGUGUUCCAGGGGACAACGUUCGGGCAGGGAGGGUCCCGGGGCCAGGCAGACACACCUGGGGCUGAGGGUCGCUCUCGGGGUGGGGGAUGGGAUGCUUACCCGGACGCGAUCCCUCCUGAGCAUGCUCAAUAGGGGGUCCCUCUGCCGGCACCGGCUAGGGGCGCACCCCCACCGCCCAGCGGAGGAAGAGAGAGGCCGGGAGUCCCCCUCCAUACACUAUGGAAAAAUACCAGAUUUUGGACCAGCUGAAUCCUGGGGCCUUGGGGGUGAACCUGGUGGUAGAGGAGACAGAAACGAAAGAAAAGUGUGUGAUAAAGCAGGUGAACUGCAUUGACGAGCAUCACGCCAACAAGGCCCUGGAGGAGCUGAUGCCGCUGCUGACACUUCAGCACGCCCACAUCUCCAUCUACCAGGAGCUGUUCAUCAUGUGGAAGGGUGAGAUCUCCUCUCUGUUCCUCUGCCUGGUGAUGGAGUACAACAAGGAAAGCUUCCAGAAGGUCAUCGAGGAGAACAGGGAGGCAAGGACCAUCAUUGACUCUGAGUGGAUGCAGAACAUGCUGGGCCAGGUGCUGGACGCUCUGGACUACCUGCAUCAGUUGGACAUCAUCCACAGGAACCUCAAGCCCUCCAACAUCAUCCUUGUCAGCAGCAACCACUGCAAACUGCAGGACCUGAGCUGCAACGCACUGAUGACCGAUGAAGCCAAGUGGAACAUCCGUGCGGAGGAAGACCCCCUUCAGAAGUCCUGGAUGGCCCCCGAAGCCCUCAAAUUCUCCUUCAGCCAGAAAUCUGACAUCUGGUCCCUGGGCUGCAUCAUUCUUGACAUGGCCAGCUGCUCCUUCAUGAAUAAAACAGAAGCUAUGCUUCUGCGCAAGUCCAUCCGGACUGUCCCGGAGGGCCUGAGGCACGUUCUGAGGACCAUGAAGGAGAGGAAGAUCCCCAAUGCAACAACCUUCUCUUCCCUCUUACCUUCGAUGCUCCGGAUUGACCCCUCAGAGCGAGUAACCGUCAGGGAUGUGACACAGAUCACCUUUGUGAGGAGCAAUUUCAGGUCCUCGCUCACGCUGGACGGGGAGGCGCUGCCUACAUCCAUCAUCAACAUGCUGUUAGAAGGCAACAUGGCCAGCAUUUUAGAGCUCAUGCAGCACUUCUCCAGCCAACCUGAAGUCCAGCUCAGGGCCAUGACAAGGCUCCUGAGAAUGAAGGAAGCUGACCUAGGUCUGCCGUGGCCGCUGGAGCUGGUGGAGGUGUUGGUCACCAUCAUGAAGCAACACGAGAGGAUCCUUGACAUACAGCUGUGUGCCUGCUCCCUGCUGCUGCGCAUCCUGGGCGGAGCACUGGCACGGGACCCAGCAGCCGAGAUGCCAAGUGACAGCUCCGUCACCUCUGUCCUGCUGAGCAUCACGCGGAGCCACCCCAAGACAGAGCAGCUCCUGGUCAUGGUCUACAGCCUGCUCACCAUCAUCUCCAGCCAGGAAUCUGCUACAGAGGAGCUGCAGCAGGCUGGGCUGUUUGAGCACAUCCUGGAGCAUCUGGGCACCUUCUCCAGGAACAGGGACAUCUGCGUCAAGGGCCUGAGCUUGCUCUGGGUCCUGCUGGUGGACGCUGUCAUCGUGAACAAGGCCCCCUUGGAGAAAGCCCCAGUCCUCAUUGCUGAGGUGCUAGCCACCUACCCCACAGAUGUGGAGAUGGCUGAGGCUGGCUGUGCAGUCCUCUGGCUGCUGUCCCUGCUAGGCUGCAUAAAGGAGGAGCAGUUUGAAGAGGUGGCAGCAGUGUUCCUGCAAAGCAUCCAGCUGUGCCAGGACAGAGUCCUGCUGGUGAACAACGCCUACCGGGGCCUGGCCAGCCUGGCAAAGGUGUCCGAGCUGGUGGCGUUGCAUGUGGUGAUGCCCAAGGAGGGCAGCAGUGGCCUGGUCCUGAUCAAGGAGACAUACCAGCUCUACAGGGAUGACCCAGAGGUGGUGGAGAACGUCUGCAUGCUGCUGGCCCACCUCGCCUCCUACAAGGAGGUCCUGUCCGAGCUGGCGUCCAGCGGCAUCCAGCCCCUGGUCCAGGAGAUCCACGGGCGCUUCACCUCCAGCCUGGAGCUGGUUUUUUAUGCAGAAAAGGUGCUCCAGAGACUGGAGGAGGCCACGCCUCCAAGCCCCGGGGGCGGGCAGUCGCCUUUACCCUGAGGCGGCAGACCCCUAAGGCCUCCCUCCUACUUGGGACUUCUCCCGCCGUCCCUUCCUCCUCAGGACGAGGGUCAGGAAGAACUGUCACCGGGGGCCAGCGUGAGCAUUCCACUCUUCAGUU